CUUAAAGGCCAAUUGAGGAUUCAGCACAGACCAAGCUGCUUCGGCGGCUCCUGCACCGACUCCGAGUGGAACCCCUGCAAAGGCGGUCAAAAUUCCCCCGCGAUAACCGGAAAAUUCUGCCGCUGAUUGAACGUCCCGGCCCGAGCUUGCAUGAAGAAUUUCCAGUUCGUACUGCAGAACGACGUGAAGUACAUUCCGCCAAUCAAUCUGAUACGUCAAGAUGCCGCACAAACCGCCAACACAAGAAGAGCUUGAGCGGCGAAAGAUCGUCGGCAUCCAUGAGGAGACCAUCACGGAUGUGUCGUCUUCGGACUACCCACAUACUUACCCCGGCGAGGACCACUCCUGGGAUAUUGAGUCGUUCAAGCGAAACUUCCGCAUCGAAUUCCACCAAAACGACCCUUUCGAGGCCUCGUUUUCCCUAAUUGGGUGCGAUGCCUCCAUCGCCAAUGCCUUUCGGCGCAUCAUGAUCGCCGACAUCCCCACCCUCGCCAUUGAAACCGUCUUUAUCAACAACAACACCUCCGUAAUCCAAGACGAAGUCCUGGCCCACAGACUAGGCUUGAUACCCUUCAAGGGCGGCAAAGAAGGGCUGCACAAGUUCCUCAAGUGGUGGCGCAAGCCAGAGGACGAAUCGCAAAUCAACAACAGCUACUACGACUUCAACACCGUCUCGCUCCGCCUCGAGGUCAAGUGCGAGCACAACGAGAAGGCCGCCGCAGGCGAGACCGACCCGACAAAGCUCUACAAGCACGCCCACGUCUACGCGCGCGACAUCGAGUUCUGCCCCGUCGGCCGCCAGGAGAAGUACUUCUCGGGCGACAACGCCAUCGCGCCCGUCAACCCGGACAUCCUGAUCGCCAAGCUGCGGCCCGGGCAGGAGAUCAGCCUGUCGAUGCACAUGCACAAGGGCGUCGGGUCGGACCACGCCAAGUUCUCGCCCGUGGCCACCGCGUCGUACCGGCUGAUGCCCGUCAUCAAGAUCGAGCGGCCGAUCCUGGGCAAGGACGCCGAGAAGUUUGCCAAGUGCUUUCCGAAGGGCGUGAUCGGCCUCGAGAAGGUCACGAAGCAGGAGGCGGCGCGGGAGGGGAGCGGGUACGAGGGCCAUGCGGGCGAGGUCAAGGCUGUCGUCGUCGACCCCAUGAGGGAUACCGUCAGCAGGGAGUGCCUGCGACAUGCCGAGUUCAAGGACAAGGUCAAGCUUGGCCGGAGGAGGGACCAUUUCAUCUUCCUCGUCGAGAGCACUGGCCAGUGGGAGAGCGAUGCCAUUUUCUUGGAGGCGGUCGCGCACUUGAAGAAGAAGGCGCAGGAUCUUGAGAAGCAGGUGAUCAACAUGGUCAGGUAGACAAAAGAAAGCCUACGUGGCAGGGGCAGGUUGUGGGUCUAUACCCGUUUCUCUCUGUAUCUUAAAACCGGUACGGCGUCAUGGUGGUUUUGGACGGUUCCUUUUGGCCAUUUGGGUUCUUCUGACUUUUUGCUAGAGUAGAGGUGACGGAAGAGAAAACACAAG